ACAGGGAGGGAGGGAGGGAGGAGGAGAGCAAAAACAAGCGCGGAAUAUAGAAGAGACGAAAAGAAUGACGAAGGGAACGACUUCACUGGCUCUCGUGAAUUAUUCUCUAGAGAGUGACUGCAAAGAGGGUGAAGAAGGUGAAAGAAUUACAAGGAAAGCUGGGGGGACAGUUGAUGAGAUUAGUAACGCAGCUCAGAAAUUUGAAUGCAUGAGCCUGCACAAGAGAGAAAUAACAAAAGGAGAUGAAGACAUCUCUUGUGAAAAAUAUGGUUUGUGGAGGCAGGAGCAGAAAAAUAGAGCAGCAAGACUGGAGAAACAACUCAAGGCAAAGUGGGAACUUGAGGAGUUAAUUGAGGAACAACUUAAUAGGUUCCAUGCCCAUUACAAUCAGGCUUUGACUCCUACUCGCCUCAAGGACAUGUCCCAGCUCCUCAUGCCAAAAUGGGCUCCACCACAUGAACUUGCUGCGCUUUCCUGGCUUGGUGAUUGGCGGCCGUCAGCCAUUUUGGACCUCCUCUAUAGCCUGUCACGUUCCUCUCCCUCGCGAUCAUCAUCUUCCUUAUCAGAAUCAGCUGGUAUUGAACUGAUCCUAUCACAGCUUAUCCAUGAUAUACGCAUUGAGGAGGCAAUAAUUGAUGAAGAAAUGGCCGAGAUUCAAGCCACAUGUAUCCUGCACCUUCCUUUCGCUCCAGUAAACAAACAACCAGCAGCUGCUCCUCUGAAUUGUAUUCAGACUGAGUUCAAGAAAGUUGAGCGAGUCUUUGCCAAGGCACAACAACUCAGGUUUCAGGCAUUGGAAUUAAUAGUGAAGAAGGUGUUGACUCAAACAGAUGCAGCAGAGUUCUUUGUGGCAUUUGCAGGAAUUCAAGAUGCAAUCCACCAAUUUGCAGCACAACAAAAGCUGCGAAAAGAUCUCACCACAGUACCUUUCAAGGGCUUGGGGUCCAGUUGAAAACCAAGAAGUUCCAAGGAUCCUCUCACAACCUUAACUUGGGUAUGUCAUAUAUGUUGUUAUAGUAUUUGGGACUUGUUAACGGUAAAGAAUUUUGGGUAUUGUUUGUGGGGACAAUCCUUUGUUGUCCACUCAAUUUAGGAUAGGUUACAGAAUGGCUUCCAUCAGUGCUGCCAUAUUUGUAUUGAGGAUUGUAAGACUGCACACCUUAAUAAGCAACAGAAGAACCAUUGCAGGUCAUUUGCAACAAAUUGUUUGAUGAUGUUGAUGAUUUAGGUGAAUUUCCAAUUGGAACUGA